GAGCACGUUUUGUGGGUUUCUCCAAAACGGGGUUUUCACAACUUUAUCCAGCGGUGGGAGGGAGAAGAUGGGUUUGUGGGGUGUUCAUCUCUGCAUUUUGCGUCUGGAGUGCAACCUUACUGCCAGGAUCCGCAAUUCACGUGUCUGAUUUCAGCACCAUUAAGUCGCUUCCGGCUCUUCCAAAACAUCGCAGCAGAUAACAGCGUUCGAGGUGUCGGUUUGGAAAGGGAAAUGCCUGUGUGCGUGAUUUGCACCAAUCCGUGACGAGCUUUUGAAGAUGGUUUUAUUAAAAGUGCUCCCACUGGAUCCAGGAGAUGAAGGCACCCAGAGGUGCAGAUUGGGGCCUGCCGCUUUCUCCUCCCUGGGUGCCAAACUGGGCUCCCCAGUUAAGAUCACCUUGCCCACAGGAAUUUGCGUGUGCACAGCCUGGCCUAGGCACGACUUGGCCGACGGCUACUUGCAACUCGACCUGAAGUGUAGAACUCGCAGCUUGAAGGUGAAACAUUUACAGAAUCUGACUCUGAGCACGGAUCACUUGCAAAUGCUGGAACGUCACAAACUGAGAAAACUGACAGUCAAGGUGAUCCUUAAGAAAGGGGCUGUGACAAAAAAUACUUCCAAAGGUAUGCUGCAGGAAUUGGCCAGAGAACUACUGCGAGAUGCGUAUGUUUCCCUUCAUCAUGUUAUUACGUUCAGUCCACUUCUGAGCAAUCCAGUGGCCUGCGUUGAAAUAUUGUCUGUGGGGCCUGCCACAGAAGAUGCCGGCUUAGUCACCCUAAAAACCCAUGUUCUUGUAAAAGAGGUGGUCACACUAGAUUGGUAUGACCUUUUGGUGGAAGACAGUGCAAGAAAUCUAGUGGCCGGGAUGAAGGACGUCCAUAAGUCAUUGAAAGAGAUGAUUGACUUGCCUUUGCACUUCCCCAAAACUUUCCAGGAAUUAGGCCUUUCUCUUCCAAGAGGAGUGCUUUUGGUGGGGCCUCCUGGUGUGGGAAAGACUCUUCUUGUCAAAGCAGUCGCUGAAGAAGUGGGGGCUUGCCUCUUUUGCAUCAAUGGCCCCGUUGUGUAUGGUUCAAGACCUGGUGAAAGUGAGGAGAACCUGCGGCGCGCAUUCGAACAAGCCAGCGAAAUGUCUGCCGAAGGGCCGACGGUUCUUUUUAUCGAUGAGAUCGAUUCCUUGUGCCCUAAGCGAGAAUGUUCAAACAACGCUCCUGAAAAUCGCCUGGUGGCUCAGUUGCUAACUCUUAUCGAUGGUAUUGGUGGAAGAAGCAAGAUGGUGAUCGUGGCAGCCACAAAUAGACCCGAUGCUCUAGACCCUGCACUGAGAAGGCCGGGCAGAAUUGACCGUGAGAUUAUCAUUGGGACACCAACCCUUUCGCAGAGGAAAUCCAUCCUGCAGCUGAUUACUGCUGGCAUGCCCGUGUCGUCCAGUGACGUUAAUUUGCUGGAGCUUGCAGAAAUAACAACAGGUUACGUCGGAGCUGACCUGACAGCCCUCUGCAGAGAAGCCGCCCUGCAGGCUGUGUUUCGGGCUUGUUCGGACUCGGUUAAUGCAGUUAACAUGUCAGACUUCUAUGGAGCACUGAAAAAGAUUCAGCCGUCGUCUUUUCGAAGCGGAAUUGGGCUGUCCGACUUUAAGCCUAUCACCUGGGAUCAAAUUGGGGGCCUUGAAGAUGUGAAGCUAAAGUUAAAGCAGAGCAUCGAGUGGCCAAUAAAAUUCCCCAAGGCAUUCGUCAGGAUGGGGCUGGCCCGGCCGAAAGGAAUCCUUUUGUAUGGACCAUCAGGUUGUGCCAAAACUACGCUUGUGAAGGCAGCAGCCACAAGCACCCACUGUUCCUUUCUGUCUGUGAGCAGCGCUGAUCUUUUCUCACCAUAUGUUGGUGACUCAGAGAAGAUUUUAUCCCAGGUCUUUCGUCAAGCAAGAGCAAAUACUCCAGCAAUAGUGUUUCUAGAUGAAAUUGAUUCUAUCCUGGGUUCCCGAUCAGUUGGUAAAAGGGGGCAUGGCGUACAAGAAAGAGUUCUUUCUGUCCUUCUCAAUGAAUUGGAUGGCGUCGGACUUAAGGUCACUGAGAGAAGAGGAAAUAAAGCAGAGCUGGACGGUGACUGCCGAGAACAAAUUGAAAAUUAUAAAGAGUUGGAACUUCAGGAGGUUUUCAACAAAGAUGUUAUGAUUGUGGCUGCAACAAAUAGACCAGACAUGUUGGAUGAUGCCUUGUUGCGUCCUGGCCGGUUGGACAAGCUUAUAUAUGUUCCUCCUCCUGAUCAGAAGGGAAAGCUUUCUAUUUUGAAAAUCUGCACUGAAAGAAUUCCUAUAGAUGCAGAUGUGUCUCUAGAAGAUAUAGCAGCCCAAGCUAAACUGUUUACUGGAGCUGAUCUUGAGAAUCUCUGUAAGGAGGCUGCUUUAUUGGCGCUGCAGGAGAACAAAGUUGAAGCAACAACUGUGAAGUACAAACAUUUUGUGAUGUCGUUUGAGACUGUGAAACCAUCAUUAACACCCAAAGAGUUGGACUUUUAUGAAAAAUUAUUUACAAAACAGAAAUGGCUUUUAUAAAGUGACUGGGGGGGGGUGUACUCUGCACUUGUGCAACCAACUCUGAUGGUCGAUUUAUAAAGAAAAAGAAAGCUGCAGGAUACGUCACAGCAGUUCUACUAAGCCUGUGCAAUUUAUGUUGUAGGGGCUCUGCCCAGACUACAAUAGAAUUCUUAACAGGCACUGUGAGGAGAAUGAGAGAGUUUCUGUUGACAUUACGGAUACCAGCCAGUCAGUGCAGCAAACUGGAAGAACCAGUUUCCCUUGUAAUUGAUACUGGAGAAAAAGUGUAUAUAUUCCCAAAACAGUAUGAAUGUAAAUCCCCAGCAAGCCUACUCUUGUUUUUACAUAUGCAUGUCCUGUUUCUAAAGUAUAAUAAAGAUCAUGCCUUAGAACA